AUGGAAGGUUCAAACAAUCCUAGUCAUGAAGUUGAAGAACCCGAGAGUGGUGAAGUUAAAGAACCAAAGCAGGGGAUGUGUUUUACUUCAAAGCAAGAAGUGUAUGCAUUUUAUGCAAAAUAUGCGAAGCACUUUGGAUUUGCUAUAGCUUAUGGAACACAAAAUUAUGAUAAUGAUGGGGAACUAAAAUACUUUGGAAUUGAAUGUACUCGAGCAAGGAUGAGAAGAAAAAGAUCGGAAGUGAACCCGCUAGAACCAUCUUUGUCAUCUAAAAAUGAUUGUAAAGCAAAAGUAAGAGGGAGUCUACAAAAGGAUGGAACAUUUAAGUUGACAACCGUUGUGCUGGAGCAUACUCACGACUUGGUUCCUAGUGACUCACGGCAUUUUGCAAUGAAUAAGAGAAUUCUAACUCCUGUGAAAAGAAGAUUAGAAAUAAAUGAUGAGGCAGGGAUAGGAGUGGCUAGGAAUUUUCAUUCUAUGGUUGUUGAAGCGGGGGGAUUUGAGGCAUUAACAUUUGACGAACGAGAUGCCAGGAAUCACAUUGACAAGGCUAGAAGAUUGAGGCUUGGAGUAGGAGAUGCCGAAUCAGUUGCGUUUUAUUUUCAUAGGAUGCAACAACAAAAUUCGAACUUCUACUCUGAAAUGGACUUUGAUGGAGAAGGACGCUUGCGGAACUUAUUUUGGGCAGAUGCAAGGAGUAGGGCAGCUUAUAAAGCAUUUGGAGAUGUUGUCACAUUUGACACAACCUAUCUGACAAACAAAUAUGACAUGCCGUUUGCUCCAUUUGUAGGAGUUAAUCACCAUGGGCAGUCAAUUUUGUUUGGUUGUGGGUUGUUAUGUAAUGAGAACACUGAGACAUUUGUAUGGCUAUUCAGAGCUUGGUUAAGUUGCAUGUCAGACACUCCUCCGAAUGCUAUAAUAACUGACCAGUGCAAAGCUAUGCAAAUGCCAUACAAAUUGUCUUCCCACAGGCUCGACAUCGCAGUUUAUGAGUCUUUCACAAAAAAUGAAUUUGAUGAAGAAUGGCAAGCAAUGAUUGCAAAGUUUGGUCUACAUGAUAACGAUUGGUUGGGGGGAUUGUAUGAUGAGCGACAUAGGUGGAUUCCUGCCUAUGUGAAAGACAUGUUUUGGGCUGGUAUGUCAACCACACAACGAAGUGAGAGUAUGAAUGCAUUUUUUGAUGGAUAUGUCAACUCGAAAACUACUUUAAAGCAAUUUGUUGAGCAGUAUGACAAUGCCUUACGAAGUAAGGUGGAGAAGAGACCAAAGCAGAUUUUAAAUCUCGAAACAAAUUGUAUGAUUGCCUAA